AUGACUUCCGUCUCAGGCCAUCUUACGAAUUAUGAUUUCCUCCCAAAUUAUAAGUCGUGGCAUUCUUGUGAUCCAACUGUUCUUUUUGACGCACCGAUUUCAAAGCAUGUACUCAAGGAUUAUGAGCCAAUAAAGAAUACAUUGCAGCGUGAAGUACGAGGUUGUCAAAAGUUAAUCAUAUGGACUGAUUGUGAUCGAGAGGGUGAAAAUAUUGGUGUAGAAAUAAUUGAUGUUUGUCGAGAAGUUUCCCCAAACAUCGAAGUUCUUCGUGCUCGAUUUUCUGAAAUUACACCUGUAGCUAUACAUCGUGCUGUUAACCAACUUACAACUCCUGAUUAUAACGCUAGUGCAGCUGUUGAUGUUCGACAAGAGUUAGACUUACGCAUUGGUGCUGCCUUCACAAGAUUUCAAACUUUACGACUAAGACGAGUUUUUCCUCGAGCGUUAAGUGAUCAAUUGAUCUCGUAUGGAUCUUGUCAAUUUCCAACACUUGGUUUUGUUGUAGAGCGUUUUCGUGAAGUUGAUCGAUUUGUUGCAGAACCAUUUUGGCGUAUAGUAGUUACAGUGUCACGGAAUGAGAAAUCAACUGAAUUUCAAUGGCAGCGUGGACGUCUUUUCGAUCAAGACUGUUGCAGAGCAUACUAUGAGCAUCUAUGUCAGAAUCGCUAUGGUCAGAUUAUAGAAAUCGCUAAACGUUCAAAAACCAGAUGGCGUCCAACUCCUCUAGAUACAGUAGAGUUGGAGAAAUUAGCAUCGCGCAAACUGAAAAUGGGAGCUAAAUUUGCUAUGCAAUUGGCUGAGCGUCUCUACACAAAAGGUUUCAUUUCAUAUCCUCGCACUGAAACUAAUAUAUUUCCACCGGAUAUGGAUCUUAAAAGUUUAGUACAUGUUCAAACAGAGGAUUCUCGUUGGUCUGGUUUUGCCAUGAAAAUUCUUGAACGUGGUCCUAAUCCAAGAAAUGGAAAGUCAACUGAUAAGGCUCAUCCACCUAUACAUCCAUUGAAGGCGGGUGAUCAACUUCAGGGUGAUGAAGCACGUCUAUAUGAACUGAUAACACGUCAUUUUCUAGCUUGCCUUUCUGCAGAUGCAGAGGGUGCUGAGACUUUGGUUCGUCUUUGUGUCGGUAAACCAUCUCUUCCGAGAACAUCUACUCCUAACAUGGGUACAACACAAUUACUUACAUCGGAAGAUGGAGAAAUAUUCGAGUCAAAAGGCCUUAUGAUUUUAGCUCCGAACUAUUUAGAAGUUUAUAUUUACGAUCGAUGGACUGAAAAGGAUAUGCCAAUAUUUCAGUUAGGUGAAUGGAUUUUACCACAUAACAUAGAAAUGCUCACAGGUCAAACAAGUCCACCACCAUUACUGACAGAAGCUGAUCUUAUUUCUCUCAUGGAUCGUCAUGGAAUCGGUACAGACGCCACGCAUGCAGAACACAUUGAAACAAUUAAACAGCGACUUUAUGUUGGCUUAGAACAGAAUAAAUAUCUUAUUCCAGGUCAAUUAGGAAUGGGAUUAGUUGAAGGUAUGCCUUUUUCGUUGAAUGAUUGAUGAAUUAAUUUACUUUAGUUAGGUUUUGUAUUAGAAUUAUCUUAGACAAAUGUAAGGCACAAAGGAUAACUUUAAAGAGGCGUUAGAUAUUGAUAGUCAAUCGCCAGUAAACGCUAGCCUGCGUUCGGUGCUUGUCGGUACUCAUCAGCCUAGUGUAUCUACACCUACUA